CUCUUUUGUUUAUACUGCAGUAUCACUAAAAUGCUUGGGGUUUCAAAUGAUAUAUAAAUCAACCGUUAUUCAAAAAUUAAUAUGUUAAGGAUUCACAACUUUUUAAGCCUGCUUCAAUCUCUUCCAAAUUAGUACCAUAAUGUUAAAAGAGUUUCGUACUAAAAAGAAGGCAUUCAAAACACUCAACAUAGCAAAGAAUCUGAGCGAGGAAGGUUAUUCUGUACAUAAAGCAAGAUUCAGACUUUGAAUCAAGAAAUUAUAGAAAUCCUACCACGACUAAAUGUUCUAAAAUUUCAGAACCAAAGAAAGAAGCUGAAGCGAAAUCAUUAUAAUUAAUAUUAAUACUCAUCCUGUUGGAGCUUGUCUCUUGCUAGUUUAAUUCAUCUUUGGUAAACAUCAUCUAGUCAGUCCUCAACAGAAAUAGGCAGUUUCUUGUAUAAUAAUCUUAACAGCACCAUUUCUAACUUCUUAAUUUCUGUAUGGUAUUGGUUUUCCCAUGCUCAGUACUUGUGGAGAGCCACUACCGAUGAUAUAGGAGUGUUCC